AUUGUCGGAUACCGAACAACCAAUAAAUGGAUUUCAAUUUCCAUGUCUCCUUUAUGACUGUCAGAUUACUCACUCCAUAAACAACAACAACUUAGGUGUGAAGUUUUUAGUUUUCGGAACAGUUAGUGGUUUCAGAAAUUCAGAAUCCAUGGCUGCUAUAGUGAAGUAUGGGAUCAUAGGUGUGGGAAUGAUGGGAAGGGAGCAUCUGAUGAACUUACACCAUCUUCGCGGCGAAGGCGUGGCGGUUGUGGCGGUUGCUGAUCCUCAUGUUCCGUCGCAGCAACUCUCCCUUGAAUUAGCACAUUCCUUUAGUUGGCCUCUCAAGGUUUUCUCAGGUCACAAGGAGUUGUUGGAAAGUGAACUGUGUGAUGUAUUGGUGGUAUCCACACCUAACAUGACCCAUUACAGAAUUCUAAUGGACAUAAUCAAUUAUCCUAAACCCCAUCAUGUACUUGUAGAAAAGCCACUGUGCACCACUGUCUCUCACUGCAAAGAGGUUGUUGAAGCUGCUAGAAAGAGACCAGAUAUAUUGGUACAAGUUGGCUUGGAAUAUAGAUACAUGCCACCUGUUGCAAAAUUGAUAGAAAUAGUUAAGGAAGGAAGCCUUGGACAGGUCAGAAUGGUAGCGAUUCGGGAGCACCGUUUCCCUUUCUUGGUGAAGGUGAACAAUUGGAAUCGGUUCAAUAUUAACUCUGGGGGAACUCUAGUAGAGAAGUGUUGCCACUUCUUCGAUUUGAUGAGGCUGUUUGUUGGUACAAAUCCUGUUCGUGUGAUGGCUUCUGGAGCUAUUGAUGUUAAUCACAAGGAUGAAAUAUAUGAUGGGAAGGUGCCAGAUAUCAUUGACAAUGCUUAUGUUAUUGUCGAAUUUGAUAAUGGUUCUAGAGGAAUGCUUGAUCUUUGUAUGUUUGCUGAAGGAAGUAAAAAUGAGCAAGAAAUAUCUGUUGUUGGUGAUGUUGGAAAGGGAGAGGCUUAUGUUCCUGAAAGUAUCGUGCACUUUGGUACACGUCAAGCAGGGAGAGAUGGUGUUCAGACUUUAAAGGCUGAAGAUCCCAGAAUAAAAUAUGAUGGGUUGCACCAUGGGUCCAGCUAUCUGGAACACCUUAACUUCUUAACUGCAAUAAGGACCAAAGGUGAAAAGGGUCCUGCUGUAGAUUUGCAAGAUGGAUUGAUAUCUGUUGCAAUGGGAGUUGCAGCACAGCUCUCUAUAGAAUAUGGAAGAUUUGUUACUAUUGAGGAAGUUAUGGAUGAGAUUAAAAAUUGAUAUGUCUACUAUCACUACGUAAAUAGAAGUACUUGAAUACUUUGUGAAUAUUACAUUCCUUCCACCCAGAUGCUAUGUUUUAGUACUUUGCGAAAUUUAGCUCGUAGCUCAUGCAAUAUACUUUCAGGAAAACUGAAUUGUUAAUUGACAAUAUAUUAUUUCAGAAAUAGUGGGCUUCUUUGGCCAACAGAUAUUAUUGGAUUUUAUUUACUGAUAUAAUU